AUGCUGAAUGUUAACAACUACUUGUUGAAUCUUUACUUGAAAGAUCAUGACUUUAAGGAUGCCCGGAAGCUGUUUGAUGAAAUUCCUGAUAGAGAUGUUAGGACUUGGACUAUUCUAAUUGCGGGCUUUGCUCGAUAUGGUCGUCACGGGAUUGCAUUGGAUUACUUUACUGAUAUGCGAAAUGAAGGAAUUGUGGCUCCCAAUGCGUUCACUUUAUCGAGUGUUUUCAAGUGCUGUGCUUGUGUCAAUAAUGGGCUUCAAAUGGGGAAGGCAACUCAUGGGUGGAUAAUGAUAAAUGGGAUUGAUAUGGAUGUUGCUUUACAGAAUUCUAUUCUUGAUCUUUAUGCAAAAUGUGGGGUUUUUGACUAUGUGAAUAGAUUGUUCAAAUUGAUGGAUGACAAAGAUUCUACUUCUUGGAAUAUAAUGAUGGCCGCUAAAUUGAGUGAAGGUGAUAUGAGGAAAUGUCUCGAGUUUUUUAGGAGUUUGCCUAUCAAGAGUGUUUCGAGUUGGAAUACUAUCAUUGAUGGACUUAUGCAGUAUGGGCUUGAGAGAAACGCCUUGGAGCUUCUCUAUGAGAUGGUGAAAAUAGGACCAGCCUUUGACAAAGUUACAUUUUCUAUAUCCUUGGUGUUGGCAUCUAUGCUUAAGAGUUUGGAACUAGGUAGGCAAAUUCAUGGCCGACUGUUGAGGGUUGGGAUGAAUGAAGAUUCAUUUGCAAUCACUGCACUUAUUGAUAUGUACUGCAAAUGUUGGAAAAUGGACAAGGCUUCCACAAUUUUUCAAGAAUUUCGACGAAUAGGUUACAAGGGUUCUCAUGAUGAUUUAAUGGCACAAACUGUUUCUUGGAGUACAAUGAUUGCUGGUUAUGUUCAAAAUGGUAUGAUGAAAGAUGCCCUAGACCGUUUUAGCUUCAUGGUUCAUGAAAAAGUUGAGGUAGAUGUGUAUACUCUUACCAGCAUUCUGACUGCAUCUGCUGAUGUUGCAUUUUUGGAGCUUGGCAAGCAGAUUCAUGCUCGUAUAGUGAAAUUAGGUCAAGAUGUAGAUGUUUGCUUGUGCUCGUCAAUAAUUGACAUGUAUGCAAAAUGUGGAAAGUUAAAUGAGGCGUGGUUAUUUUUCCAACAAACUCAAACUCGAAAUGUUGUGUUAUGGAGCGUGAUGAUAGCCAGUUACGCCGUGCAUGGGAAGGGAGAAGAAGCUAUUGAGCUCUUUGAAUUGAUGCAAAAUGAGGGUGUUAUGCCAAAUGGAGUUAGUUUUGUUGCGCUUCUUACUGCGUGUAAUCAUGCGGGUUUGAUAAAAGAAGGUUGCGAGUAUUUUAGGAUGAUGAUAGAAGUUUAUGGUAUCCGGCCUGAAGUUGAGCACGUUUCUUGUAUGGUGGAUCUUUUUGGCCGUGCUGGUCACUUAAAAGAGAGCGAGAAUUUUAUUUAUAAGAGCGGCAUCUCUAAUUUGAGGGAAGUUUGGAAAGCAUUUUUAUCUUCUUGCUGGCUUCAUAAGAAUAUUGAGCUGGCUAAUUCGAUUUCCAAGAAGUUACUUGAACUGGAGCCCCAUGAAACUGAUUCUUAUGUUCUGUUAUCGAAUACUUACUCAGCAAUUGACAAUUGGGCUGAGGCAGCUCAAUUAAGGCGUUUGAUGCAUGAAAGGAAAGUCAAGAAAUUACCUGGUCAAUCUUGGAUCUAA